ACGUCGCAAUCAACGAUCAUCAUCUACAGUGGAAGUAAAAGAACCGGAUGGAGUAUCAUUUAGAUGCAGAGUUGAGACGGAUGUCGGGGAAAGCUACUUGGAACAGUAGCUUUGAGAGUUUUACUGCUGUAUUGGAGCUGCUCGAUGAUCAGCACGGAGAUAUUCUACGACAGUCCUUCUUGUGGCCACUGUACCAGUUGCGAGAGGUGCAGUAUUCAGGACAGAUCAUUGAUGCACUUCUAUGUCGGCUUCUGAGUCCAGUCGACGGCGAUUCCCUCCAGUUCGACCUCGGGGGCAAGGUCGUCAGUUUCUCGAUGUUUGAGUUUACAUUGAUCACUGGACUGAAGAUUACGGGCGACGAUGCAGCCAUGGAGAGAAGCAGUAGGCUGUACAAGACGUACUUCCAGGGACAUGGGUCGGUGCUUCUACCCGACUUGAUGGCCGCGAUCAGUGCAGAUUUGGAUGUAUGA